CGAACAUCAUUGGUCACGUGGUGUUGUAGUUUGAAACGUGCUUCUGGUUCACUGCACCCAAACAGUGGAGAUCGGAUAACUGAACAGUGCUUCGUGUUCAUUCGUCCUAUCCCUGCUGUUUAGGCUAGAAUAACGAUUGGCCUCUCUAUCCACGGACUCGCCAAUUUCUGUAAUUUCGCCAUAGCUUGAAAUAACAGAAAAAGGGGGAACUACCGCUGAACUGUUUACCGAGGAAUAUCCAUUGAACUCUGAUUGGAUCGUUGAGGCACGCGAGUGGGAGACGGUUCUUGGAAAAGUUUCAGAUGGAGGACAAACCCAGCCUGCCGCCCAAAGAAGAGUCACUGGAUUCUUAUUGGGACAGUGGAGCUCAGUGUUCGUUGGUGGAUUCAAAGAUGAAAUCAGAAAAGCUGGAAGACUGCAGUCAAACACUGGGGACGAAUGAUAUUAAAUAUGAAGAGAAGAAGAUUGGGGUUUUUACUAAUCAAGAUGAGAUGGCUGAAGUUGAUACAUUUCCUACACCUGGAGAGCAACAGCAGGAAGAUUGUGAAGAUAAGUCUCACCCCUGCCCCCAUUGUGGAAAACAUUUCCUUUCUACAUCGCUACUAAAAAGUCAUAUUAAUAUACACUCAGGAGAGAAGCCCAACUCCUGUUCUGACUGUGGGAAGAGUUUCCUUUCAACAUAUGAACUGACUAGACAUCAGAGAAUGCACACAGGAGAAAAGCCAUACUCCUGUUCUGACUGUGGGAAGAGUUUCUCUCAACUAAGUAAUCUUAAAAUUCACCAGCGCAUACAUACUGGAGAGAAGCCUUACUCCUGUCCUGACUGUGGGAAGAGUUUCUCUCAACUGGGUAGCCUUAAAAUUCACCAACAAUUACACACUGGAGAUAAGCCUUACUCCUGUUCUGACUGUGGGAAGAGUUUCUCUCAACCAUGUAGGCUUAAAACUCACCAGCGCAUACACACUGGAGAGAAGCCUUACUCCUGUUCUGACUGUGGGAAGAGUUUCUCUGAAUUACGUAGGCUUGUAGUUCACCAGCGCAUACAUACUGGAGAGAAGCCAUUCUCCUGUCCUGACUGUGGGAAGAGUUACCCUGGACUAGGUAGCCUUAAAACUCACCAGCGCAUACACACUGAAGGGAGAACCUUUCUCUGUUCUGACUGUGGGAAGAGUUUCUCUAUAUUAUGUCACCUUAUAGAUCACCAGCGCAUACACACUGGAGAGAAGCCAUACUCCUGUCCUGACUGUGGGAAGAGUUUCUCUCGACUAAGUUACCUUAAAAAUCACCAACAGACACACACAGGAGAGAAGCCAUACUCCUGUCCUGACUGUGGGAAGAGUUUCUCUAGUAUAAGUACCCGUUCAGUUCACCAGAGGAGACAUACUGGAAAGAAGCCUUACUCCUGUCCUCACUGUGGGAAGAAUUUCAUUUCUCAAUAUGGACUAAGUAUCCACCAGAGAAUACACACGGGAGAGAAGCCUUACUCCUGUCCUGACUGUGGGAAGAGUUACACUGGACCAGGUAGCCUUAAAACUCACCAGCGCAUACACACUGGAGGGAGAAAUUUUCUGUGUUCUGACUGUGGGAAGAGUUUCACUGUAUUAUAUAACCUUAUAGCUCACCAGCGCAUACACACUGGUGAGAAGCCAUACUCCUGUCCUGACUGUGGCAAGAGUUUCUCCCGAGUACGUUACCUUAAAAAUCACCAACGAAUUCACACAGGUUGAGAAGCCGUAUUCCUGUUCUGACUGUGGGAAGAGUUUCUCUCAACCCGUUAGCCUUAAAACUCAACAGCGCAUACGCACUGGAGAGAAAGCCUUACGCUGUCCUG